GUGAUGAGAGGUAAACACACCUUUCCACGUCAGGAAGGAGGAAGAAGCAGCAGCUACAACAGCAGCUCUGCCUUCGUUUGUGUCCGUGUGAAAGCUGUGGGAUGAGUUUCAUUACUAACUGGAGACGAAGCGUGAAGAAAAAUGACAGUAAAAAGGAUGCCAUGCAGACAGAAGACAGCUCCGACAGCCUGGACUCCCUGAGCCGGUUGUCAGUCAUAAACAGUCCAGACCUGGAUCCCAUCAUCACACACAAGUUGCAGUUACCAGACAACAAAGAUGCACUGAAAUCAACUGAUCCAUCUAAUGGGUGCUCGCGGUCUGACCUGUCACUGGCUCUGGAGGACUGCAUGGCUGCCCUGGAUCUGUUCCUCAGAAAUGACUUUGAGGAGGCGCAGGCCCAGCUCAGAUCCAGAACCAAAGACAGCAUGUACCAUGCCCUGACCUACGCCACCAUCCUAGAGAUGCAGGCCAUGAUGACCUUUGACCCCCAGCAUAUCCUAGCUGCAGGAAACACCAUGAAGGAGGCGCAGGCUAUCUGUCAGCGGCACCGCAAGAAGUCAAGCUUCUCCAAAAACUUCUCAGAAGAGGAACUCCAUGCUGAAGUUUGCUAUGCUGAGUGUCUCCUGCAGAGGGCAGCGCUCACCUUCCUUCAGGAUGAAAAUAUGAUCAGUUUCAUUAAAGGGGGAAUCAAAGUGAGGAACAGCUACCAGACAUACAAAGAGCUUCACACAGUCCUCCAGUCCACUGGAUACACUCACGGUGACAACCAUGGCCAUUUUGAGGGUGGUGUCAAAUUGGGAGUAGGAGCCUUUAAUCUAAUGAUCUCCAUGUUGCCCACGCGGACACUCAAGCUGCUGGAGUUUGUCGGUUUCUCGGGUAAUAAGGAGUUUGGUCUCCAGCAGCUUCAGGAGGGCUCUGCAGAAAGUACAUUCAGGUCCUUCUUAUGUAACAUGCUGCUGCUCUGUUAUCACACGUUCAUGAGCUUCAUACUAGGCACCGGAGAAGGAGACGUUGAAGAUGCAGAGAAACUGCUGCAGCCAUAUCUCAAAAAAUAUCCUAAGGGAUCCAUCUUCUUGUUUUUCGCUGGUCGAAUAGAAGAGAUCAAAGGCAACCUGGAUGCUGCUAUCAAGCGUUUUGAGGAGUGCUGUGAGGCUCAGCAGCAGUGGAAGCAGUUCCACCAUAUGUGCUACUGGGAGCUGAUGUGGUGCUUUACGUACAAGAGACACUGGAAGAUGGCCUACUUCUACGCCGACCUGCUCAGCAAGGAGAACUCCUGGUCCAAGGCUACCUAUGCGUAUAUGAAAGCAGCCUACCUCAGCAUGCUGACUAAGGAUGACUGCCUAACCUUCGGAGAGACUGAGCUCACUCUGUUCAGGCAGGUUCCAGGGCUGAAGCAGAAAAUAGCAGGCAAAUCUUUACCAACAGAGAAGUUUGCCAUCAGGAAAGCCCGUCGCUACCUAGCGGAAAACCCCAUUUCUCUUCCUGCUCCUCCGCUGGAGAUGAUGUACAUCUGGAACGGCUAUACAGUUAUCGGCAAACACAAAGAUCUGACUGAAGGCAUGCUGAAAACACUGGAUGAGGCACAGGCUAAACUUGAGAGCAGCCCAAGGACUGAGUUCUCCAUAGACGAUCAGUGUCUGCUGAGCCUCCUGAAGGGACUGUGUCUCAAACACCUGGGGCACCAGGAGGAGGCCGAACACUACUUCACCCUUGUCCUCUGCAAUGAGACCCAGAUCAAGUAUGACCACUACCUGGUUCCUAAUGCCCUGCUGGAGCAUGGUCUGUUGUGUCUGGAACAAGGCAGAAUUAAUGAAGCUAUCAAACUCCUAGAAACAGCAAAGCAAAAUUACAAAAACUACUCAAUGGAAUCACGGACACACUUCCGUAUCCAGGCUGCUCUGCACAAAGCCAAGGCCAUCGGAGAGAAUGGGAUCCACAUGCCCUCCAGCCCAUAACAGACAGAGGAGGGCACACUAGAGCUGAGACAGCCUCCUGUCUCCACAGCCCCACAAUGCACCACUCAGCUUAGCCCAGCCCCGCCUAUUUGGACGUGUGAUUUGUUUUUUCAUCUGGAGGGUAGGGGGAAGAGAGAUGCUCAAUUUUGUUGUGUGUGCCGCACUUACAGGCGACUGCCGCUCUAUAUGGUCCUGAUGGGGUUAGACAGGUUUGCCACGUCCUUGUCCAGAGAUAUAUUGGAUGAACUGCACUUCCUUGUGUUAUUUGAAAUAGAGACAAGUUGAGAAAUGUGCCUAUAUUUAUGAAACAUUGCUUCUAGCAGGCUUGUUUAUCUAGCUGUGGCCACCCAUAAGGGGCGCACUUGGGUAGGAAACAAGGUUGCAUUUAUGUAGUUAUAUAGAUGGCCUCGACUAGUAAAAAUGUGCCCAGUGCAGGGUAGUACAGUUGGACUUGAUGAAGCUAAAGUACCAAACAGCUCCCUAUAAAUUACUGACACUGACUCCACCUGGCCAGCAGCAUCACAUGACCUGGUUGCUCCAAAGCUUUCCCCCUUCUUCAAUUUAACAUAAACUAGAGAUUAUUAAUAAAAUUCCUUUAGUGGAUGGAGGGUGACACAUAAUUAUGUGUUGACAUAGUGUGACACCAGGUAUUUAUCAUAUAAUGCAACUCACUACAUUGUCCAUGAGAUGACUGCUUUGUACUGUCAUUUGACAAAUUUUGGUUGACAGGUUCUCUGGCUUUCAUCUAUGAUUGGAGUUUUUGAUCAAAACCAAUAUGACCAAGUUAGACAUAAAUUCUGUAUAUGUUGGUUUCACUUUUUUCUCUUACACUAAGAAAUCCUUGGUUUAUUUUGUUUCUUUGAGAAUUUACUAUUUAAUUGUUUAUUUAAAAAUUUCUCCCUUUUCUCUGAGCGUAUUGGAAACACUGGAAGACAAAUUUAAUAAUGUGGGAUACUUUCUUUCAGAAAUGAUCAAACCUAUAAUCAUGUUGUAUUUACAAUCACAUAUGGCUUUUGCACAGGGCUUUGUAAAUCAGCCAGCACAUGCAAACUCUCCAGAGUCAAGAAAAAAAAGCCUAUCAGACUUAGAGUGAGAGUUGUUCUUUACAUUUAUAUACUGUAAAUGGCACCUUUUACACAAAUUGUCCCGUUUUAAGAGGACAGAUGAAUGUGUCUUUUAGAAAGGCAGACUCCCUCCUUUUCUCCUCCUGGUGUGUGGGACAGGCUCCAACAGUACUUGAGCUUGAACAAACAGGCCAUUCACACCGAGCAGCGAAGGACUGCGUGCUUGUUGCAUCUUUCGAUGAAGCUCUGAACGACAACCACGACAGACUUCCUGCUUUGUGAACAUCCUCUGCUGCUCCUGUAUCAGCCAUGCUUGACUGCAACCACCUAUAAAAGGACUUGAACAACAUAAUUACAGCACGGUCAUGUGUGUCAAAUAAUAAUCUGUAUAUCAACAAAUAUUUGUCAUGAUUGAAAUUAGACAGAGGGGUCGCCUCGAACUGUAUUGGUGGUUAGGUUAUUUGAAGAGCUGUGUCCCAGCAACAGACUGUCCAAAACCCAGAAACUCAUAUGGUGUCUCAAGUGUUGGAAUUGGAGCACUGCUGAUUUAUUCAUGAUUAGAGUAAGGUUUGGGAUUCAAGAUGAUGACUUUAGGAGUCAGUUUAAAUGUUUUUAAUGGUGGAGGAAAUGUUUUGUUAUUAUUUUAACAGCAGUAAUACAGCAGGAAUAUUCCAAUAACAGUUCAUAUUUUAUUUUAUAAUAAUUAAUCAAUUAAUCUUAUUUUUCUUGUUCCCUUUACUGAUAUAGCUGAAAAAAUUGUAACCAAAUUUAGUGGCAUUGUGAUGUUUACAAUUAUAUUUUACUGGGCACGGCUACCACUGAGCAGAAUGACAUUCCUGUACAUAAUGAAUGUUUCUAUUGUAAUUUAAGAUGAAAUGAUGAGAAGCAACUAAAGAAAAACAUCCCAUAUUGUUGUGUCUUUUUUUAAAAUGUCAUUUGCACCAGAAACACACAAUGUGUACAGUACAGUACAAAGUUGUAUUAUUUACAGAACAACGAGGCUUAC